CACCCAACGACCAACGUUGGGGCCUGUCUGUCUGUCACGCUAAUUCCAUCUAGAGAGAGAGAAACGCUUCGCUCGCAGAGAUAGAGAGAGAGAGAGAGAGGGAGAGAUGGAGGAGGAAGUGGGCAAAGAGAACGAAACCCCUAAUUCCAACGACAAAAUCACCAACCAUAGCCCACAAAAUCCGAACAAGAAGGCUGCAAAAUCAUGCAAGGGUUGCGUCUACUACUCAUCCACCUUCAAAUCCAAUAAUCGCAACCCUUUAUGCGUCGGCAUCUCUCGUUCCCUUCCCCAAGUACCCCGCCACAUUGUUGGAGAAACUGAGUUGGAUGCUUCUAGAGAGGGAAGAAGCCUUGUGGAGUUCAAAUAUGCUUGUGUUGGUUACUCUGUGUACUCAAAUGGAAAGGAUCCUUCAGUGGACGGCCAACAGACACAAGCAGAAUUGCCAAUUUGUGUUGGCCUCGAGGCUUUGGUAGGCAAAAGAGCAAGUGCACCUGACUCUGUUCCUGCUCAUGUUCAUGUUCAUAAUAAAGAAGAUUCUCAUGGAUUUCCACAGCCACAGCCACAGCCUCGAACGCAUCAGCCUGCUCGUUUCCAAGGGGACGAGUUCAUGAGCAAAUUUUCAAGAAAUGCAGGCUUGGUUGCAAUGGGGGUGGCCAAGAACCUGUAUCGAGUAGGCAAUUCCAUCAAAGGACGUAUCGAUGGCAUUCUGUACCCGUACCGAAGCCGACCAAAGUAAGAUUGCCAAUUUCCCUGUACAACACCAGCGAAAAUAAACAAGCAGCAACCUGGCUUUGACCUAAUUCUGCAUUCUGUUUGAACCCAAACACUUUCUUCCCCUUCUUCCUCCUCCUCCCAUUCUGUUCUGCUCCUCAAAGCAUUUGUCCAGUUGCAAGGGAUAGAUGGCAUUUUCUCACUCUGUCGAAAACGGUUCGAUACUGUUUUGAUGGCUAUCUAUUGUUGGUAUUUAGCUUAGGCAUCUGGGAGCUUGGAUUGUAUUGAGAGUUGGCCUUGUUCUUAUGUAAAGUCUUGACUCUUGUUUUCUGUAAAAAUACUGGGUUUUAAUGUUAUAAUUGAAUUCACUA